UGUUCGGCGACUCACUACUCUCUCGCUUUUGAUAAUUUCUAUCUUCUCUCUCCGUCAUAAUCCCCCCCCCCCCCCCCCCCCCCCCGCCCCACCCUGCCCCUCAUCCCGACGCCGCGGCUCCGGGGGCUCCCGAUCGAGGCCCUGAUCGCCGGAAUCCGUGCGGCGCCGAGAAGCAGCGAGUUGUACUUCCGGGCCCGAAAAGCGGGCAGUUUCGGGGUAAAUAGCCUUUGGGUGGACUGUGUGAGGGAGAAAGGAAGAGCGGAAAGGUUGCCGGAGCUCAGGCUUUGGUUAUCUGAGAAUGAUGGAAUCGGCCAAGUUCCCCGGGAUCAUUAGUGCCGUAAGCGGCCAGGACGGUGGCGUCAACUUCUGUGACAUGGCAUACUACCAGAAGCUAGGGGAGGGCUCCACCAUGUCCAUUGAUAGCCUUAACAGCAUGCAAACCAGCAUGCACGGUGGUUCCAUAAUGUCUGUGGACAACAGUAGUGUUGGUUCUACUGACUCGCGUACUGGGAUGCUUAACCAUCCUAGCCACAGGGGACCUGUUGCUGUGGUCAGCUACUCGGUUGGGAACAGCAUUUUCCGUCCUGGGCGUGUGUCUCAUGCUUUGAGUGAUGAUGCGUUGGCACAGGCUUUGAUGGACACUAGAUUCCCGACUGAGACACUCAAGGAUUAUGAGGAGUGGACCAUUGAUUUGGGGAAGCUCCACAUGGGAUUGCCCUUUGCACAAGGCGCAUUUGGGAAGCUAUACAGGGGGACCUACAAUGGGAUGGAUGUUGCCAUUAAGCUUUUGGAGAGGCCCGAGGCCGACCCCCCACAAGCUCAGCUGCUGGAGCAACAGUUUGUGCAAGAAGUUAGGAUGCUUGCAGAGUUAAGGCAUCCAAAUAUAGUUAAGUUUGUUGGCGCAUGCAGGAAGCCAAUAGUUUGGUGCAUUGUCACAGGGUAUGCAAAGGGUGGAUCUGUUAGGAAUUUCCUGAAUAGGAGGCAGAACAGGUCUGUUCCACUGAAGCUGGCAGUGAAGCAGGCACUAGAUGUUGCACGUGGCAUGGCUUAUGUUCAUGGCCUUGGGUUCAUCCACAGAGAUCUCAAGUCAGAUAACCUCUUGAUUUCUGGUGAUAAAUCGAUCAAGAUUGCUGACUUCGGAGUUGCUAGGAUUGAAGUGAAGACCGAGGGGAUGACACCUGAAACAGGAACAUAUCGUUGGAUGGCUCCUGAGAUGAUCCAGCACAGACCAUACAAUCAGAAAGUAGAUGUCUACAGUUUUGGCAUCGUCCUGUGGGAGCUAAUAACUGGGACCCUUCCUUUUCCAAACAUGACAGCAGUGCAAGCUGCAUUUGCUGUGGUGAACAAGGGUGUCCGCCCAGCCAUACCCCAUGACUGCCUCCCUGCCCUUGGGGAGAUCAUGACGAGGUGCUGGGAUGCAAACCCCGAUGUCCGCCCCCCUUUCACUGAUGUUGUGAGGAUGCUGGAGCGUGUGGAGAUUGAGGUCCUGAACAAUGUUCGCAAGGCCAGAUUCCGGUGUUGCAUCUCCCAACCCAUGACCUUAGACUAAGGCAGGCAGAAUUCAAAAGAAAAGAAAGCAAUUUGGAGAGAAGUUAAAUCCCAUGUAUUUAUUAUAUUAAUACUUUUGAUACAGAAGCAGAAAAGCCCGCCUGAGCAUACGUGUGUGCUCGGGCUUCACAUAUUUAUCUUAGACCAUACCAUAGUCCCCGUCCUCGUCUUAAAACUGUCAUUGUACUAGAAACAGUUUUAUCCUUAACAUUGCCAAAACAUCGUCAUGAGGUUUCCUCUGGUUGCACCGA